AUGGCUCUAGCGCAGUGCACGAUCCUGCAGAUAGUCUCCAACAAUGCGCCUGGUCCCGGGACAGAGCAGAAGCGAAGGCACCAUAUGUCUGUAGUCCUCCUCCUACAGUCUCUCAGGCGCACGCACGCACGCACACACGCACGCACGCAGGGUGCCGCAGCAGAGAUCCUCCAAGGGCACAGCGGGCGGAGCGGAUGGACCAGCGCAGCGGAGGGAGUGCUUCACUUGGCGCCUGUGCUCAGAGCUCAGAGCGGUGUGAGCGGCUCCAGACGGAGACCCAGGACCCAGACAGAGCUCAGGUUACAGGCGCACUGCCGCCCUCCUGCGGCCGUAGCGGGGGGUGCGCCCAGAGCUGCUGAUGAGGACGUUUGA